UAUUGUCCUCAAUGAAUAAGUAUAAAAAGAUACAUGGGUAAUGAGAGGUAAGCAGUGCUUGCGUUCAAAUCAGUGGUUAAACAUCUAAUAUCAGAAAAGCUUCUACCAUGAAGACCAUCAUUUUCUUAUUCGCCUUAGUGGCCGUAUGCUUGGCCAGGCCAGACAAGUACACAGACAAGUAUGACAAUAUCGAUUUGGACGAGAUUAUGGACAACCGUCGUCUGCUCCUGCCAUACAUCAAAUGCUUGUUAGACCAAGGCAAAUGUUCUCCCGAGGCAAAGGAACUGAAAUUGCACAUCAAAGAUGCUCUUGAAACCAACUGCGAGCACUGCACAAAAGCGCAGAAAGCUGGUACGAAGAAGGUGAUCGCCCAUCUCAUCAAUAAGGAGAACGAUUACUGGGUUCAGCUCUGCGCUAAAUACGAUCCUGAAAGCAAAUACGUCGCGAUGUACGAGAAAGAACUUAAAGAAGUAGCGGCUUAGAAGAUUUCAAAUCCGUAUCACUAAUAUAGACUAUUAAAACGAACGUAAUUUUAUGGGAAACUUUUUGGCACCCACGAAUUAUUAUUCUAUAAUUUCUAAUUUAUGUUUUGUAGUUCUUUUUCUUUAAUCUAUGGAUUGAAUAAAAACACGCCUGAAAGUUCUAUAGAGAUCUAGAGUUAAAAAAAUAUUUA